AUGACGCAAUGUUUGCCUUUCCUACAAGGGAACUUCCGUUCUGGCACCCUAUCAUUCAUCAAGAAGAAGAAGAAGAAGAAGAAGAAGAAGAAGAAGGGCUCUUCUAUCCUUGAUCAAAGUUUAGUUUGUGCGCAAUCUUGGAGAAACAUUCUGGUGGUAUAUCCAAUGACUCUAGACAGCGACCUAGCAGGAGAUCAACGAUACCCUCUCGAUUGA